AUGAAGCUACCUGUAUCCACUUUGGCAUUAUUGGCCACUUGUGCCGUUGCACAGGGACUUACAAUUCCGAAUGUUGGCGAUAUCCAGACGCCAAUGCAGCUGGGGGGCAACAUCCAGCACUCGUUCAAGAACGCCGCUUCCACACUGCUGGACAAGGCAAUUUCGGUCUUUGGUUCUACUGAAGGCCUCACUGAUGAGCUGAAAUCAACUUGGGCCGAUAUGGAGAUGAAGUUCCCCACAAUGAUUUCUCAGAUGUCGUUUGAGUCCAAGCCAAAGUUCAAGGUUGCCAAGAGACCUUCUUCGCACUACGAUUUCCAUGUGGCCAACGAGCAAUUGUCCAAUUACAAGCUCAGAGUCAAGAAGAACGAUCCUGGUGAACUCGGAGUUGACUCUGUGAAGCAAUAUUCGGGCUAUCUGGACGUUGAAGACGAAGACAAGCACUUUUUUUACUGGGCGUUUGAAUCCAGAAAUGAUCCUAAGAACGAUCCUGUCGUGUUGUGGUUGAACGGAGGCCCCGGAUGCUCUUCUCUGACCGGAUUGUUUUUUGAAUUGGGUUCUUCUUCGAUUGACGAGAACAUCACUCCCGUCUACAACCCUCACUCCUGGAACUCAAACGCUACCGUGAUCUUCCUUGACCAACCAGUCAAUGUCGGAUACUCGUACUCGUCGUCUUCCGUUUCGGAUACCGUUGCUGCCGGAAAGGAUGUUUACGCCUUCUUGCAGCUGUUCUUCCAACAGUUCCCCGAAUACACCAAGAACAAGUUCCACAUUGCCGGUGAAUCUUAUGCUGGCCACUACAUCCCUGUGUUCGCAUCCGAGAUUUUGACUCACGACGAGCGUAACUUCAACUUAUCGUCAGUCCUGAUCGGAAACGGACUGACUGAUCCUCUUACCCAAUACAAGUACUACGAGCCAAUGGCAUGUGGUGAAGGUGGAGAACCAUCUGUUCUGUCUGAGGCGGAAUGCCAAGGAAUGCUGGACACCCAGCCAAACUGUCUUUCUCUGAUUGAGUCGUGUUAUGAUUCGCAAUCGCUCUUCUCGUGUGUUCCAGCUGCGAUCUACUGUAACAACGCACAGAUGGGGCCAUACCAGAAGACCGGUCGCAAUGUAUACGACAUCCGUGCGAUGUGCGAGGGUGGAAGUCUGUGCUACAAGGGCUUGGACUACAUCACUCAAUAUCUCAACCAAGAUGUUGUGAAGGAGAAGCUUGGUGCAGAGGUUGAAACCUACGAAUCCUGCAAUUUCGACAUCAACCGUAACUUUUUGUUUGCCGGUGACUGGAUGAAGCCAUAUUUCAAGGCUGUGACUGCCCUGCUCGAGGCUGACUUGCCAGUCUUGAUCUAUGCUGGUGACAAGGACUUCAUCUGUAAUUGGCUCGGUAACCAGGCCUGGACCGAUGUUCUUCCAUGGUCCGGAGCUGAUGGAUUCGCCGACGCCAAGGUGAGAAGCUGGAAGGUUGAUGGCGAGAAGGCUGGUGAAGUCAAGAACUUUGAAAACUUCACGUUCUUGCGCGUUUACGGCGGUGGCCACAUGGUUCCAUACGACCAGCCAGUUAAUGCCCUAAGCAUGCUCAACACGUGGUUGGAUGGAAAAUACUCCUUUUAG